AUGCCCCGUAAACGCUCCUACUUCAAUGGCCCAGGCCGCGUACUCGGCACUGGAGAACUCAUCGAGCCAAAACGCAACGUGAGAAAGGCGCAUGACAUGGAGUACAUCCCACCGAAAGACGCUGAGUUCACCAUGGAAGAUGGAAAUCAUGAAAACGAUGUUCAAGACCGUACCGAGGACGAGGAAUGGACGCCUGAGUCGAAGAAGAGGAAGAGGAAGCGCAUCAAGACUCAGAGAGACGAAGCCAGCACAUCGACGAAAAAAGGUGUUAGUGACAAGAACGAACAGUGUCUUUUGAAGGAGUCGAACGAUAACGACGCCGCGGUUGCGGAGGGCCUGAAUGGAGGAGGACGUCACGAAUGCAGCUGUGCUGCUUGCAAGAAGCUUAGGGGGGAGGAGGAUAAGGAGCUGAGUGAGUAG